AUAUAUUGAGAAACGGAUAAUGAGAACAUUUAUCUUAUUAGGAUUAUUGUCCCUCACCUUCGCAGUGACCAUUAGUAAUUAGGGCACUUUAACAAAUCCAACAUCACGAGUGGAAAGAAUUAUGACUAAGUUCAUGCAAUUAAGUGAAAUGAGCACACAAUUCAAUUUUAACAAGCUUUUCGAUGCAAUUGACUAAUUGAGUGCUUAAUUAAAAGUACCAUUGUGUAGUCAUACUGAUAGCAAUCUGAAGUAGACGAGAACAAUCUAUUUGAUGCUGACUUCGCUUAAUAUGUCGAGGAUUAGGCCUUUUACACAGAUUUAGUUACUUUCUACACGGCAGAAGUAGCUUAGCACACAGAGGAUCUGAGAUCUUUGAAUAACCAUUUGGAAUCAUAUCAACAAUAAUUGACAUAGAGACAAGAGGAAUUGGAUAGAACUCAGAAACAAAAAGCCUAAUUAGAAGAGACCAUCAGACAAAAUGAAAUCACUUACAAUAAAUAAAUCACCGAUUUUAAUACAGCAAUAGAUGUUUUAGAUCAAGCUAUUUAAUUAUUGUCUGGGUUGAGAAGUAGAUACAUAUAGCAUAUAUUUGAUUAGAUCCUGUCUUAAUAUAAACUGAAUAAGAUUAACUCAAAACCUUGGCUACUAAAUUAAAUUCUAUCAAUUUGAAGAAUCAUAGAGUCUUAUACUAACCAAUAGUUGAUAUCUUUAUGUAGCUUGCAUAAAAUAAGUAUGAAAAUUAAACCAAUAUUAGUUUGGCUAAUUAAGAUCUCCUCAAGAAGGUGCUUAAUAUGUUGAAUGGACUCAGAAACUCGUUAGAUGGAGGCAGAAAUGCAUUAACCAGCAAUUACAAUAGCGAAAGAGCCUCCAAUUUGGAGUUGUUGGAGUCUUACAACAAGAAGAUUGAUGCUCUCGUCAAUGAAGUGAUUCCAAUGUUAUAAGAUUUAAUUGCAAAUACAAUUGGUAUGCAAUUUGUUGAUUGAACCUUAUAGAAUAAAUUAAGGUGAAGACCGAAUUGUUGAACAAUGCCUAAGCCAAUUUGGAUGAAGCAAAAGAAACCUUGCAAUUUAUUGAAGAUAGAUGGGUUAAAAGAAAGGCUUAACAUGCAGCAUUGUUAGCAGAAUAUGAAAAAGAAUAAGCACUUAUAGCUUAAACUAUAACUGUUUUGCAAAGAGGUGGUGUAAGAAGAUAAUGAUUUAAUUUUUAUUUUA